UCUUGUUUAAAUUUUGAGCGGGGAAGAGAAAAGGCGCGCGCCUCGCGUCGUCUCCACACUGUCGCGUGAGAAGAGCUGACGGUUUGCGAAAUGUCUAAAAGGAAGAGGCAACAAUCUGCAGGCGGUAAGCGAAAAGGAACGACAAAGAAAAGGAAAGUAACACAGGAGAAGGCUUCGGGGACUGUGAACGAGGAGAGCGCCGCCUGUGGUCAGCAAGCGGAACUGCGCUGUGAGGAUGACCGCGCUGCCCCGAGCAGCGCAGAGGAGAGAGGAGCCGCAGGGAGCAGGUCAGAGAGUGAGGGGGGAGACGGCGCUCACAAACUCAGCCCUGGAGUGAAGGACUGCUUCCUACCGAUAGCCCAGAAUAUCCUCCCGGGCCGCUCCUCCACUGCGGGCUCAUCCUGCGAUGAUGAUGAUGAUGAUGUCGCCCAGCCCAGCGCGCCGGAGGAUACCACUUCGGACCAGCACAGGGGGGCAGGGGAAGGGCCGGGGCAGGGAGACGCCACCCUCCACAGUCACGGGGGAGCGCACGGGCCGAACCACAAAGCCAGCACUUCGGGAGAGCAGAGACAGGAGGCAGAUCCAGAGAGGCAGCAGCCCACUGUAACGGAGCAAGGGGGGGCAGGAGAGGGGGGGCAGGAGCACCUACCCCAUUCCGAGGGGUGCGGGACCCCUGGAUUAAAAGCCUCUCUGGGGUUGGAGGAUACAGAAACGCAGGGUGGUGGUGUUGCUGGUAGUCCACAGGGACGGCUAGCCUGUUUAUUAGGGAGCGCGGAGGCUGUGUUUACAGAGGGGGGGAAGCAGUCCGAGUCAGCCAAGCCGAAACACGUUGAGACUUACCCCGAGACACAGGCUGAAACAUCGGCCAAUCUGCAGGGAAAGGGGGUGGCGGAGCCUUGCAACGAAGCUGGGGCUCAGCCUGCACCCCCACAUUCCCACUGCGGAACCCCCGGAGAGCCCCCUGCCCUACCAGCAGCAGCAGCAGCCUCCGUUCCUGAGAGAGAAGAAUCUAUGAGGCUCUGCAAAGGGGUGAUCACCAGGCAGGGGCGAGGAGUCGCGAUGGAGAAGGGCUCGCAAGUUUUCCCGAAUCCGGGAUCCGGAACAACACCGCUGCCUCGUGCCUCUGCCGCCUCCUGGUCCCCUCGGAGCUGCGCGGGGCGAUCCCAGAUCCGACUCGGGAAUGAGAACGCGGAAUCGGCAGCAGGCAAGAAAAUCCAAGACAGUGAGGAGGCGGGCCCUGAAAUGAACGAGAAGGAUUUCAUGAGAAACACCCAGCAAAGCCAUUCACAGAGCAGAACCGAGACGGAAGAGUUAAAAGCAUCGCAGAGCUUCGGAGAGGGAGAGGGAAGCGACUGGGGACAAAUAAAGCUUUCAGAGAACAACAAACUAUCAACGUCAUCAUCCAGUGCAGCAGCAGCAGCAGAAUCCAAACCAGCAGCCGUGUACGUGAACCCGUGCGUGCUGGAGGAGAGGGACUGGGAAUCCCGCUUCGCAGUGCUGGAGAUGGAAGACUCGAGCGACGCGGGGGCCGGGCAGCGCAAGGCUAAGGGGGCGGCGCGGUCAAGGCGGUGCAAGCCUGCCACCAGUGCUGCUGCUGCUGCUGCUGCUGGGAAGAGGGAGGUGAGGACCGCGCUAGUGUGCGCUGAGACAGCCUGCCCUGAUCUGACUCACACCAAGGCGGAGGGAAGUCUCCAGGGAGCAGCUGGGGCAGGCGGACAGAAAGACCCUGCCUCGGCCGCCCAGGAUCGAGAGGAGGGGGGACCCCACCCCAUUACCCCAGCUGCUGCCCGGGGGAGCCCCGAGUCUGAGAGAGAGGACACGGGGGCCACACAGAGCUGCGAGGAUCACAGCGAGUGGGACUCUGAGUUUCUGCACAACUGCUCCACGCAGCGCUUCCCUGACUCCUGCUCUCUCCCGGCUCCGCUCCCCGUCCUUGGGACAGAGUCCGGUGGUUCUGCCCUGGAGUUGCCUCUCUCCAUCAGCUCCAUCUCGGACUCGCAGCUGCACGAGAUCACACUGGGGGAGGCGAUGCCCGAGCCCCGGUCCCAGUCUCUGCAGGACUACGAGGACGCCAGCGAGCUGGUGUGCGGACUCAUAGAGGAGCUCUCGCAGAUCAACCGGCUCAUCAUGCUGACUCACCGGGAGCUGCAGUCUGGAAGGAACCCCCGCAGGGCCAGGCUGGGCUGGGAGACACACUGCCAACCCCAAGGACCUGUAACCCCACUGGGGACACACCGCCAACCCCAAGGACCUGUAACCCCACUGGAGACACACUGCCAACCCCAAGGACCUGUAACCCCGCUGGGAGACACACCGCCAACCCCAAGGACCUGUAACCCCGCUGGGAGACACACCGCCAACCCCAAGGACCUGUAACCCCGCUGGAGACACACCGCCAACCCCAGGGACCUAUAACCCCGCUGGGAGACACACCGCCAACCCCAAGGACCUGUAACCCCGCUGGGAGACACACCGCCAACCCCAAGGACCUGUAACCCCGCUGGAGACACACCGCCCACCCCAAGGACCUGUAACCCCACUGGAGACACACUGCCCACCCCAAGGACCUGUAACCCCGCUGGAGACACACCGCCAGAGCAGGGCCGUCAAACUCCAGUCCUCCAGUUUUUCAUUCCAACUUGAGUUUCACUUCAUUCCUCUAACUUAUUUGUUCAAUCGGACAUCCUUGUGAGUGACUCUGCAGCAGCAGCAGUUGUGAUGCAUCGCUCACCCCCUGGUCUCUGUAAGUCGCUUUGGACAAAAGCGUCUGCUACAUGACUCCUUUUUAAUAAGAAUUUUUUUUUUAAAGGUCUUUUAAAUUGACAGUUUAAAAAAAAUGCCCUUGAUUCAAAGUGUGCACGAGCUGUGAAACAUUGUGAGGCCGAGGAGAGAGAAGUGUUUAAUGUGUCCAAUUCGUCAAAUAAUUUAGAGCAAUUAAGUAAUUCAGAGCUCAGGGUGGAAGGAAAGCCAGAAGCUGCCCUGUGACCCCCCAGGAGCUGAGACUCCCCCCCCCCCCCCCCCACCCCCGCACAAGAAGCACCCGCAGACACACGACACACAAGAGAGCAGCGCAAAAAUAUUCAGCAGCCACUGAGCUGCAGUGGUCAGGUGCUUCUGUGUGUGUGUUUUUGUUGGGUUAUUUUUUUUUAACGUUCUUAAAGUCUAAAUGGUUUUAGAAAAUACUUUGAAUAUUUGGUUGUCUCUUAGAAAUGUUUUUUUUUUGUAUUAUUAUUUAUUUAAUUGAUUGUUUUGAAGCGGCUUACCAAAUGUUUUUUUUUUUUUUUACAAGUUGAGUAAAGUUUGUUCUCUCAUACUGAAGUUACUCCCUGUUCUCAUUGGUGUGGAAGGUUUGUAUUGGAAUUCCUUUUAAAAAGCUGUUUUCUAGUUUUUAUCCUGAGCCCCCCCCCCAUCCUAUCUAAUACAGUGUG